GAUGUAAACAAGAGUGUGGUGGAGGCUGGCCACCCUCACGUGCUAAUCUGCGUUUCCCCAAUUCAAGCAAGAAGGAUGGAGGUGAACAGAAUUAGUAAGGAGAAGGAAGAGGAGGAGGAGGAGGAGCCCGUGAAGGUGUUGAGUGAGGCGCGUCACCUGGAGGCCAUCAAGGCGCCCAAUACUGCAGCACACUCGUGGAGACUCAAGGAACGGAUGAAGACAGUAAGUGUGGCACUAGUGCUGUGUCUCAACAUUCCUGUGGAUCCACCAGACAUUGUUAAGACUCAGCCCUGUGCUCGCCUAGAGGCAUGGAUAGACCCUCUUGCCAUGCCACCAUCCAAAGCUAUAGAAGCAAUUGGCAACAGCCUACAGAAAGCCUAUGAGCGAUGGCAGCCUCGUGCACGCUAUAAACAAUCCCUUGACCCCACUGUAGAAGAAGUCAAGAAGCUGUGCAUGUCUUUAAGGAGGAAUGCCAAGGAAGAACGCGUCCUCUUCCACUACAAUGGGCAUGGUGUCCCUAAACCAACUACAAAUGGAGAGAUUUGGGUAUUUAACAAGAGUUAUACUCAGUAUAUUCCAUUAUCCAUCUAUGAACUUCAAACAUGGAUGGGUGCUCCAUCCAUAUAUGUUUAUGAUUGUUCGAAUGCAGCUGUUAUCAUCCAUCUAUUUGAGCAGUUUGCAGAGCAGCAUGAGGAAGAAUGGAGGAAAGGAAAUAAUGGUGGUAGUGGCACUGGUGCUGGCUCUACCCCACCUUCCUUCAAACAGUGCAUACAGCUUGGGGCAUGUGAAGCAAAAGAAAUUCUGCCAAUGAAUCCUGAUCUUCCUGCUGAUGUGUUUUCAGCAUGCCUAACCACUCCUAUCUGCAUGGCAGUGCGUUGGCACCUCCUGCAUAAUAAAGGCAAACUAUUACAGGGAGUUAACCUUGAUGAUGCAGAUAAGAUUCCAGGCCAACUUAGUGACCGGCGCACAUUACUGGGUGAGCUCAACUGGAUCUUCACAGCUAUUACUGAUACUAUUGCUUGGAAUACCUUACCACGUGACCUAUUCCAGAAACUUUUCCGUCAAGACUUACUUGUGGCAAGCCUGUUUCGCAACUUUCUAUUGGCUCAGCGUAUCAUGAGAUCAUAUGAUUGUACUCCAGUGUCCUCCCCCAAGUUGCCCCCAACACAUCAGCACCCCAUGUGGGUAGCAUGGGAUCUGGCACUGGAGCUGUGUCUUGACCAGAUGCCCAUGGUGCUCAGUACAGAGGAUCCCUAUUCACAUGUGCAUUCACCAUUUUUUGAGGAGCAGCUGACCGCCUUCCAAGUGUGGCUUGACCUUGGGCAUGAGUGUCGAGAAUCCCCUGAGCAACUUCCAAUUGUCCUACAGGUUCUUUUAAGUCAGGUUCAUCGCCCUCGGGCUCUGGAACUUCUUGGCAGCUUCUUGGCUCUGGGACCCUGGGCGGUGAAUCUGGUGUUGUCAGUGGGCAUCUUUCCCUAUGUGUUGCGUCUCCUCCAGUCCACUGCCAGAGAGCUGAGGCCUCUGCUGGUAUUCUUGUGGGCAAAGAUUUUGGCUGUUGAUCCUAGCUGUAAGGGGGACCUGGUGCGUGAAAAUGGCUACAAGUAUUUUCUGCAAGUUUUAUCAGACUCAUCUAUGCCAGCAGAGCACAGGACCAUGGCUGCAUUUGUAUUGGGUGUGAUAGUGUGGGAGCAUCCAGAAGGACAGCGGGUAGCUUUGCAAGGCUGCCUUAUGCCCCUUUGUCUUGAACAAGUGAGUGAUCCCCAUCCUCCCCUGCGACAGUGGGCCACAAUAUGCUUGGGGCGCACGUGGCAUCACCAUCCUGAUGCUCGCUGGACUGCUACAAGGGACAAUGCUCAUGAAAAAUUGUUUACCCUGUUAUCUGACCCAGUUCCUGAGGUGCGAGGAGCUGCAGUAUUUUCCUUAGGCACCUUCAUCAGCAGCAUACCGUCUCGGGACAGAAGUGACCAUGCACGUCUCAUAGACCAGACUGUUGCCAUCACCCUUGCAACCACUGUUACCCAUGAUGGGUCUCCACUAGUCAGGCAGGAAUUGGUUGUGGCAUUACAAUACUUUGUGCAGACAUAUGAGAGCUCCUUCUUGAAUGUUGCUCACCAGUACUUUUUGGAAGAGGCUGGAGUUGACCUUUCUCCUCAGUCACCAGCCUCUUCAAUGGACAGUAUCAUCAUGUCACCUUCCAACAGCCUUACUCGGAAGUUUUCACGGCAAAACAAUAAGCAGUUGUCCUCACCUGGCCAGGGUUUAGGGUCAAGUCCAGAUUCUUCAUUCUCUGACAACAUAUACGCAUCUCCCAUGGGAGUGAAGCGAGCAGCCUCCACACACUCCAUCUCCUCCAUUGGGUCGGGGGGGAUACUAGGUGGAGGAGUUAGCAGCUUGUCCUACAGUGGAAUGUAUUUGAAGUUGUGGAAUGCAUUGAUCACUCUGCAACAUGAUCCCUUCCCUGCUGUGGCCAGUCUGGCGAACACCGUGAUACAGUAUGUUCGCUCUAAGCUUAAGAAUUUUGGGAGGGAACCAUCAGAACAGCGGGUUGAAUCAGCUCCUGGGACUCCCGUCAACAAACCAAUGUUCAUUGUAGGGGAAUCACCACCAUCACAUCACCACCUGGAUCCUGUACCCCCACGCACACGCUCUAGGAACCACCACAAUCAUAAUGAAGAUGGAGAAAGCACUUUCUUAAAACCACUGGUUACAACAGAAUUUGUGGAGUGGAGUGCCACAUCCUUUAUCCUCCCUAGACAAAAGUCUUCUGAGCUGAACUCUGCUUCUUCUCCACUCCAUUCCUUUUCCUGCAGCAGAUCCUCCAAUUCACGAUUGUUAGGAGAAUGUGAGGAGCGACGAAGUGUUGGCACUAACAAACUUGAUGAUCAGGUGUUUGUGCAUCGAAAUCCAGGACCUCCAGCUGUACUCCUUUUCCACCCCAUUGAACCUCUUCUUACUGUGGCAGACAAAACCAAUGUGACGGUGUGGGAUGUGGAACGCAGCCACCGAGUUACUCACUGGACCAAUAACAAUGGAGGCUCCAGCUGCAUCUCCUCCUUAGCUGUGCUGAACCCUGGUACAUCACACACCUGUGUUGCUACAGGAUGUGAUGAUGGAAGUGUGCGAGUAUGGCAAGGGGUGUUCCAGGAACAAACAUCAUCUUCAAGCCCCCAGGAAACUGCACCAUCUCUUCUUACCUCCUAUCAAGCAUCCACAGAUGUCAAUCCUGCUACCAGGAGUGUAGGUUUAUUGAUGAGCUGGGAACAGGACACAGCAACAAUGGUAGUGGGUGGAGAUUCUCGUACCAUCAGACUAUGGGAUUUGAAGGCUGAGCGUCGUACCUCAGAACUGCCCACAGGAGGAGACUCUUCAUCCAUUGUGACAGCUCUUCACUCCCACCAAGCAGGCCCAUGGGUAGUGGCAGGUUUCUCAGAUGGAUAUGUGCGAGUAUUGGACAGGCGUCUUUCCAGUAAUAAGACUGUGGUGAGGCAGUGGCGAGAACACACUUCAUGGGUGAUCAGUGCUCACCUCCUUAAUGCAUCACAGGCCACCACCAAGAUCAUAACUGGAGUGGUAUCAGGUGAGGUGCGUCUGUGGGACAUGAGACAAGCUAACUCUGUUCAAGUAUGUGCACCCCACCAUGAAAUGACAGCAAUGGCCACCCAUGCUAAUGCUCAUCUCUUUGCCACAGGAUCUGUAGAGCAGGUCAUUGGUGUGCAUCAUGCCAGUGGCUCCUGUGUUAACACCAUUAAAUACCAUGAGGGAUUCAUGGGCACCCGCAUCGCUCCAGUGUCGUGUCUGGCCUUCCACCCCCGCCGUGUCCUUUUGGCAGCUGGCACCACUGACACAUACAUCACUGUAUAUGGUCUGUCACACAGAUAGUAGCCUCAAGGAUGUGUCAAGUUUUUUGGGGGGAGGGUAGGGGGGAGGGGUGAUAUGUAUGGAACUUGCAUACAGCUGACUUACAAUGAGACAAACAAUUUUGCUGUAUUCCUUGUUUAUUUUCAAGCUCCCCUUCAGUUUUGUGCUUUUUAACUAUUGCGGUUUUAGAUGUUACCUCCUGUUGCCACCAUCAGGUAGUAGAGUACCUUGUGGUCUUAAAGAGGCAUGUAAUACUGCCGUGUUAUUUCAACAUUACUUUAAAGACUAUACUGCAUUGUUAGUUGAAUGUUAUUUUAAAGAUUAGUGAUCAUGAGGUUAUUGUAAAAGAAUCUUGCACAACCAAGCUAAAUGGCAGUUAUGAUAAAUAUUAUUGUUGCAGUAUAUAGUAAUUUUAGAAACAUUAAAAAUAGAUAAAUACAUUAUAAGAAUCAAUUACAAAUGUGGGGUCAUUUUGAGUUGGAAUGUCACAUUCAAAUUAUAAAGCAAUUAUGCAGAUAAUCAAAUAAUACUGAAAACUGCACUAACAAUCAUAAAAACUUGAGUCAUCAAACCAUGCUUAAAGAACACUGCUUCAUGUAUCUAAAGAGAAUUUACUCAGGAAAUUAUAAAUUUUCAGUGGAACACAAAAACCUCAAAUCUCUCUCUCUCUCUCUCUCUCUCUCUCUCUCUCUCUCUCUCUCUCUCUCUCUCUCUCUCUCUCUCUCUCUCUCUCUCUCUCUCUCUCUCUCUCUCUCUCUCUCUCUCUCUCUCUCUCUCUCUCUUACUCUCUCUCAAUUUACGAAAUGUUUGAUUAAUAGUUUAGUUUGUGGGUUAAUUUGGUCUUCUCAUAUUCUUGAUAAAUUAGUUUUAUUACUUUUAUGUGUCUCAUACCCUGUAAUAUAUUUAAUAUAACAUAUUUAGAGGGAAAUUGAGAAAACAGUGUCAUGAUACUUUGCUCUUAAAAUGUUAUAGAUGUUGGCAGAUACAUUUUUUUAAUGUUAAUGUUGCUGUCAAUAGUGUUUCAGCAAAGCAGGUUGAUACUAACAUGUGAAAAUUAUGUACUAUGAUCGUAAUUGCCUGAUGACUGACAGCCAUAAAUACAAUGUGAAUCAUGUAUAGCACCAGGAAUGGUUUUUGAUAUUGCAUUUUUUUUUUCUCCCACUCUUAAAAGUACUAAUGUGUGUGUGUGUGUGUGUGUUAAGAUGGUAACAUUUUUAAUUUUACUUAACAUUAAAAUCUCCAUCUCAGUACAGAAUUAUGUAUUUUGUAAAAUUAGCACUAAUACAUGGCUCAUAUUCAAAUUGCAGUUAUUGAAAUCCUGAGAGCUGAUGGUUGAUGUGCAUGGAUCAGUAUCUAAAAUCUGAAUUGUUUUGUAGUUGAAUAAGUAGUUGUUAUAAUAUAAGUUGGAUUUAAGAAAAUCUUGAAGUGCCUGAGUUGAGAGUUAUAUCCAGCAUGAUAGUGAGAUUGGAUGUAGUUUUGUGUAGUUACUAGAAGAAAAAUGUAUGAAGGACUGUAUGAUUGGAAUUGAAAGGGUUCCAUACCCUAGCCAUUUCUUAGUAAAAGAGAUUGCUACAGGUUAUUUCCAUUUUGGAAUAUAAUGGUUGUUGCAAAUGUGAAUUAGAAAAUAUGGUUUCUAAUAUGUGGCCUAUCUAGAGAAACUUAAGUAGUAAAAAUUAAUGGCUUUGGCAGAUUUAAGGGAAAAGUUAGAUAAUUUUGAUGAAUCAAUCUGCUUAAUUAAUCUCACAUCCCCUAGUCAUUGUUACUAGAAUUGCUUUUGUUUGGAUAAUAAAACAUGUGAUGUAAUUAUGAAAUUCUGUAAAUACUUCAUUCUUAAGAAAUAUUUAAUCAUGAUUUAUUGUUAUUCAUAACUAUAAUACACACACAAAUGUAAAGUCAUACACCUACUUAAUAACAUUCAGUGAAUUGGAUUUAUUUGCUGAAGUGAAAGACAUUCUUAUCAUAUAAUGAUUAUUCAAUAUUUUCAUCUUAUUAUCAAUAACUGUCCUGUAAAGCCAUUGUAUUAUUAAUUGUUUUAGAUUUAUCUAUAUUGAAAAAAAAAUAAAAUUUUAAUGAUAAUUGUACCUUUGACCAAGGGACAUGUGGCAUAAUGCAGAAGCUGACUAGAGAGUAGGGUUCAGCAUAUGAGUUUUGUCACAUUUGGUCUCUGAGCACAAGGGAAUUGUGCAUGUUAACAAGACAUUUUGAUUCUCAUUUAUUCAGGGAUAAAUUCACAUGGCUUUCUUUUAAUCUCUCUCUCUCUCUCUCUCUCUCUCUCUCUCUCUCUCUCUCUCUCUCUCUCUCUCUCUCUCUCUCUCUCUCUCUCUCUCUCUCUCUCUCUCUCUCUCUCUCUCUCUCUCUCUCUCUCUCUCUCUCUCUCUCUCUCUCUCUCUCUCUCCUAUAAAAUUAUAUGUCUUAUAUAAGAGGAUAUGUAAUCAGGAUUUUAAUCUAAAUGUUUUACAUAACUAAAUUAAUUUAAAGGAUGUUAAUAGAAUGAGGCUUCCUUAUGCUAAGUUCUGUAUUGUUGCAUACCUUCACCAUGAUGUUUACAGUUGGUAAUAAUAUUAGAUCAUAUCUGUGAAAGAAAUCCCUAAACUAUGUUUGCUUGUACCUGCAGAAAUGUUUUGGUUAGUGGACAGUGAUUGAAAACAAAAAUAAUGAUAAUAAUAAAUUAUUAUUAUUAUUAUUAUUAUUAUUAUUAUUAUUAUUAUCAUUAUUAUUAUUAUCAUUAGUAGUAGUAGUAGUAGUAGCAGUAUGAGGAACAAGACCUGGCCAUAAAACAUUGCUGUCAAGUUAGAAGAAUAUUGCCACUAUAUUUCUUAUAUGUGUGUAUAAAAAAGUGACUGAAAUGAAGCAAGAAAGCUAAGAAUCAGCAGCUAUGUUAAUUUUUGUAUUGAUUUAGUAAUAUGAUUAUGCUGUUUGAAUUUUUUGAUAAUGUCAAACUUAAAAUUAUUUUAUUUUUGUCAUUAUUUCACUAUCAUCUUUCUGAAAUACCAAGAUAAUUUAGCCAUUGACCCUCAAAGGGAAUCCUUGUUUAUGGUGUUUGCCAAACUUUGCGCCAGGAAAAUUGUACAAUUAUAUAUGGCAUGUGAAAAAGACAGACCUUGCUCUUGACUAGCGCUCUCUCUCUCUCUCUCUCUCUCUCUCUCUCUCUCUCUCUCUCUCUCUCUCUCUCUCUCUCUCUCUCUCUCUCUCUCU